AUGGGACGAAAAAAGGGAAAGAAAGGAAAGGCAGCACGAAAUGCUCUGAAAAAUCAAACAGUUGAUGUAAGCGAAGAAGCAUAUGCAAAAGCUCCACACUCAUUUGUGUUCCAAAGAGGCCAUGUUGGCAAAACAGUUAAAGAGCUGGUCAGAGAUGUCAGAAAAAUCCUGGAGCCGUUCACAGCUGCUAAUCUGAAGGUUCGGAGAAAAAGUGUCAUGAAAGAUUUCCUCACAGUUGCCGGACCACUGAACGUGUCUCACUUCAUUGUUUUCUCAAAGACGGAUAUUGCCAUUUAUAUGAAACUUAUCUGUGUUCCCAGAGGCCCAACUCUGACCUUUAAGGUCAAUGAAUUCUCUCUCGCCAGGGAUGUACUUUCCUUUCAGAAACAUCCAGACGUGGAUUCCAAGAUGUUUAUGAACCAUGCUGUAAUGGUAACGAACUUGCCCUCAGACAGCAUGGAGAAUAAACUCAUGAACAUUAGCUUCAAAAAUGUGUUUCCAUCCAUCAACCCAAAUACGGUGAAAAUUAAUGACAUGCGCCGAUCAGUGUUGGUGAACUAUGACCCUGAGACCAAGUGCAUUGAUAUUCGUCACUACACAAUGAAAGUUGUUCCUACUGGUGUGAGUCGAACAGUCAAGAAAUUGAUGAGGUCAAAGCUGCCGAACCUUGGCGGCCACAGUGACAUUGCUGAUGUAUUUUUAGGAAAAAAUAUGUCAGACAGUGAAGGUGAGCAAGACGGUCCACACAACCAGGUCACGGUCACCCAGAAGGUCAAGGACAGGGGUGUUGCCAAGAAUGCUGUGAAUGCUAUACGCCUUAAAGAGAUUGGCCCACGACUGACCUUACAGCUGGUCAAAAUUGAGGAAGGUUUUGAAAGUGGGGACAUUCUUUAUCAUUCUCUAGUGAAAAAAACACCUGAAGAGAUUGAAGCUCUUAAAGAAAAGAGACAAAAUAAACAGAAAGUGAAACAAGCUAGAAAACAGCGGCAAGAAGCAAAUAUAAAAAAGAAGAAGGAGGCUAAAGAUGAACACAUAAAAAAAUCACUGGAAGGAAUGAAAAAGAAAAAAGAGCAGGAGGUAAAGAACGAAGAAGAUAAUGAUGAGUCUGACAGGGAGCCUGAGACAAAUAUCAACGAGCAGUCAGAUGACGAUGAUCGAGAAUAUUAUAAACAGGAAGUUGGCCAAGAACCAGAGCCAGAAAUGUUUUCCCAGAGCACAAAAAGGAAAAGGACAGGAGAAAGUAAAGCAGAACCAAAGCCGAAAAGAAGAAGACACGACAAGGUGAUCCCUAAAAAGUUUCACAGCCGAGAUGCAGAUACACAGAAAACACAAAAGAAAAAGUUCUCAGUUAAGUUUAAUCCAAAACAAAGCAGAGCUAACAAGCCAAAGAAAAACGUGGCAGGGUUUAAGAAAAUGAAGAAGCAUCAGUUCAAGCCAAAAUAA